GAGAAUCGAGAGCAGGCACCGGAGAAUCGAGAGCAGGCACCAGAGAAUCGAGAGCAGGCAUUGGAGAUUCGAGAGCAGGCGCCGGAGAUUCGAGGGCAGGUGUCGGAGAUUCGAGAGCAAGCAACACAUAUUCGAGAGCAGGUGAAGGAGAUCUGA